AUGAAGCGCGUCUCCCUCGUCGCCUACUCCGACUCGGACAGCGACGCCGUCGACGACAGCCCCGCUCCUCCAAACAAAAAACACAAGCUCCCCCCUCUCCCCUCCCACCUCGUCGUCCCCGUCCCCUCCGACGACCCCUCCAAACACCAGGGCCGCACCCGCACGACGCCCCACGUCGACGGCCAAUGGGCCGCCUACGUCUACGUCCCCGUCGCCAUUGCCGCUCUCGACCACAGGCCCCUGCGCGCGCUCGUGCGGAGGCUGCUCGCGCGCGCGAAGGAGGCCGUGCCGAGUCUCCAGCCGCUUGCGGCAAGUGAGAGACAGCAGCUCGACGCGGGCCGUGCGGUCGAGGGCGAUUCGGAGCUCCACAUCUCGCUCUCCAGACCGAUCUUCAUACGGUCUCACCAACGCGAAGACGUCAAGCGCGCAGUGAAAUCGCUCGCCAGCGCACACUGCCCAUUCGCCGCGUCCUUCGCGGCGCUUGCAGCGCUCACGAACGACGAGCACACGCGCACGUUCCUCUGCAUGGAAGUCGGCGCCGGCCACCUCGAGCUUCGCGCUCUCUCGGACGCGCUCUCGCCCCUGCUCCGCGCGCUCCGCCAGAAAGAGUACUACGACGCGCCGCGCUUCCAUGCCUCGAUUGCGUGGGCACUGCUCGAUCCGCCGACCCAGCCCUCGCGUCCCCAGAUCCAUCACGACGACCCGCGAUCCUCCGCCUCGCCCGCGCUCGCACCCCCGCCCUCGAUACCCCCCGCCGCCUCGACCGCCCUCGCCCUCUCCUCUCACACCUCCCACACACCCUCCGCCUCGCCCCCACAACCCGCAUCGGACUCCGCGACCCCUUCCCCUCCUCCUCCUCCGUUUCCCACCAUCCCCCGCCUUCCACCGACCCUCGUCCCUUCCCUCAGCGCCGAGUUCGGCAACGAGCUCGCCGCGCGCGCGGGCGUGUUCCACGUCGGCGAGGUGAAGGUGCGCAUCGGGAAAGACGUGUUCGCGUGGCCGCUGCGCUGA